AUGGCUCACGCUGUGGACCUAUUUGACUGCUCCAUAUGCUUAGGAUUAUUGGAGGAUCCAGUGACUACUACUUGUGGACACAGCUACUGUAUGAAAUGUAUCAAUACUUUCUGGGAUACAAAACAUAACAGUAAAGAAACUUACUGCUGCCCUCAGUGCAGGCAGACUUUUAAAACAAGGCCUGUUUUGAAGAGGAACACCAUUCUGGCUAACUUGUUAGAGGAACAUAAGAAAACAAUCAGACAAGGUGCUGCUCCUUCCGUAGCUUCUGAUGAUAACAUUUAUGCUGCACCUGGGGAUGUGCAGUGUGACUUUUGCACAGGGAGGAAACGCAAAGCUCACAUGUUUUGUCAGGUGUGUUUAGCCUCUUACUGUGAGGCUCACCUGGAACCUCAUUUUCAGGUGCCACCGCUACAAAAGCACAAACUAGUAAAAGCUUCUACGAGGAUCAAAGAAAGCAUCUGCAGCCGUCAUGACAAACUUCAGGAGCUUUACUGCCGCACCGAUCGGCAGUUCCUGUGCCUGAUGUGUGCGGUGGAUGAACACAAAGGCCAUAACACUAUAUCCGUCACAGAAGAAAAGCAAGAGAUGCAGAGACACCUGGAAAAGACCAAAUGGGUAAUUACAGACAGAGUGCUGGCUUCAGAGGCCAAAAUGGAAAAGCUGAUGGAAGCUGCAGGCUCUAUAAGAGACGCUGCCUGGGAGGCGUGUGAUGACUUUGAGCGGGUCUGUGAGGAACGUAUCCUGCUGUACACCCACUUCCUGAGGAAGAAGUGCUCUGAGAUGAGAGAGAAAGUUGGAGAGGCUGAGAAAGCUGGAGUGGACUGGACCGAACACCACCUCGGGCAGCUGAAGCGUGAAGUGUCUGAGUUAAGGAGGAGAGAGAGUAAAAUCUGUCAGCUUUCACAAACAGAGGAUCCCAUUCAGUUUCUUCAGGGCUUCCAAACCCUGGGUGACCUCCCUGUGCUCACAGACUCACACAGAGAGCUUGACAACCUGACAAAGUUUGUCACUGCACAAAAGAAUAAAAUGAAAAAGAUGUGCGACAAAGAAAAAAACGAUCAGAUGGAUUAUUCUGGAAAAAUCAUCAUGUCAAGAAGGACAAGGCCGCAGAAGGGACGGACAAGGACAGAACUUCAGAUGAAAUAUAAGAACUCCAAAAUCGAGGUGGAUCCUGACACUGUAGCAGCUUGUCUUUACCUCUCUGAUACAAAGAAAGAGAUAUCAUGGUGUGACAAGGACCAGGCUCAUCCAGAUCACCCUGACAGAUUCACCUACUUUAACCAGGCUCUGUGCAAAGAGGGCCUCAGAGGAAACUACUACUGGGAGGUGGAGUGGGAUGGUGGCAUAGUUGAGGUGGCUGUGUCGUACAGAGGGAUAGGAAGAAAGGGUUCAGGGAAAGAUUGCUGUUUUGGCCACAAUGCUCUGUCCUGGAAAUUAAUCUGCUCUCCUUCUGGUUGCACGUUCUGGCACAAUAAUCUUCACAAAGGUCAAAUUCCUCCGGCUGUCUCCGGCAAAGUAGGGGUACACCUUGAUUAUAAAGAGGGAACGCUGGCUUUUUACAGCGUAUCUGGGGUUGAAAGUUUGACACUGCUGCACCAAAUCCAGACAACCUUCACUGAGCCCCUCUAUCCCGGGUUUACUGUGGAUCUUGGUGCAACACUGAAAAUAAGCAACAUCUAAUUUUGCGCACAUUAAUAAAGUGUUAUCUUCAGGACAAGCUGCACAUUUAAAAUUCAGAAUUAGAGACAAUAGUGCAGUUUCCAAUAUUAGUGCACUAAUUGACAAAGUGAUAAAAAUAAUCUCUGAGUACUUUUUUCUCAGUUAAUAAUGAAGAAUCAAACAGUAAAAAAUUACUUUUCCUUUUAUUAUCCGUCUUUUUUCUUUUAAAUAGUAGUAAAACUGCAUCAAAACACUGAUUGAUCAAAUGUUUUUUUUUACCUUUUCCCCCUUUCAAGUAAGUAAAUUAAUACUUUUAAGACAUUAAGACAUAUUUGAUAAUAAACACAACAUGAGCAAUUCAGCUACUUCAGUGUCCAAAUAGUGGGAAAAGUUUUAUUUGCUGUAAUCGUAAAAGAUUCAGUGAAAGUGGCUUGGACGGAACUGGUCGCAAGGGAAGUCCAAAUAGCUCGACACAAAUAUAUGAAUAUUUCUGAGGUUUCUGCUGUGUGAAUUAAACAGUUGAUAUUUUUAAGUCUUUCCCAAGGUGGUUGUUAAAAUGUAAAAUCUGAUAUUUGGCACUUUUUGAUGACUCUUAACUCGUUAGUUUUUAUAUCAAGAUGUAAAAUGUAAUAACAGCUCAACUCCCUGAGAGUUUAGGAGAGAAUUCAUAUUAUUCUGAUUUUUCUUGUGACUAAAACCCUCCAUAUUAGCAGUUUUGUGAAAGACUUGAAUGAUACAAAACACAUACAAUGUAACAGGCCUUUUUAGUAUUUCAUUUUAAGGCUGAUUCUGCUGCUUCCUUCAUGCCUAAAACUGAGCCCAAAGAGACUUUGAGAGGAUGAUUUCUCUGUAACUUAAGUUUCAUUUAUAUUGCAUUUAUAUUUAGAGCUUUAAACAUAGAGGGUGAGCCUUUUUGAGUUUAUUGUGUUGUAAGGUAGAGGAACAAAAUGAAAACAAGCUUUUGUUUGUUUUAAUCGUGUUUUAAAGCGAUGCGGAACUACUGCUCAACUGACUCAAAGUAAAGGAUUGCUUUAUCUGAAACGAUUCAAA